CGCCACAACUCUUCCUUAAAAAUUCCUCUUGAUUAGAAUAUAGUAGAGGAAAACUCGAAAAGCAAAAAAUACUCUCCCUCUUCAAAAGUCAAAGCGAAGGAAAAGACCUGCAGAAGAAAAGAAAGAAAAAAAAGAUAAAAGCUGAGAACCCAAUUCGCACAUUGUCAACAUGAAAGCAUGGAAAAGUCCACUUGUAACAGAAGAACUGUCAGACGAUAAUGGUGAAUGGUUGCAUAAUAACGGCCAUGGAGAGGAUACUGCAGCCAAGAAAGAAGAACAUGCAGGAAAAGACAAAGAUUCGUGGUCAUUCGAUGAGGAUCCUAUACCCGAUCGUUAUUUUGAUCCUACACAAAUCACCACCUCCCUGCCAUUGUUGCCUUUUCAAAAUCAAGUAGGUGGCCAUGCCUCCUUUUUCCGAUUCUCAAAGCGAGCCAUUUGCAAACCUGUGUCGCAGAAAGAGCAAGAAUUUUAUGAACAUCUUGAAGCGCACCAUCAUGCGCUACUACCUUUUACUUCACAGUACCUUGGCACGCUUAAUGUUACCUACCGCACCUCUUGCAAUGUCUUAUUACCGGAGGUUGUAUUCGACAAGAACGAACAACUGCUACGAGACUGGCGUGCUUGCUAUGUGCGGCGACCUUCUUCGUCACUGUCUUCUUCUAGAAGUAGCAGCACUCAAAGCGAAGAUGAUAACCUACCUCACUUUUCCCAUACCUACCGUCAUCAUUCUCGCCUGCAAAGUCACCAUCACAUGCACCCUCCUACCCGCCCUCCAUCGCACGACAAUCAAGCGAGUAUUCAUCGCGCCAGAAAACUGCAAGAACUUGUCCUACGCGAAGUUUUUUCACCGAAAGCGCUGAAAGAGCGGCUACAGCAAGUGCAUGAUUGGGAAGUCUCCAGAGCGCAAGGUCUUUCAAACUCGCAGAGUAUGGACAAUUUGACCAAGGCCGGUCAAGCGUCGCAUGACAAACUCAUAUGGUCCUCCAUUGACUCUGUAACGGUGCAACCACGGCGACCUUCCAUUAUACAAUCCACCACAUCGGCACCGCAAAGUCCGCGCAUGCGCGAAGCCAGCUUACAGCGUCCUUUGUCAGAUCCGAUUGAAACACCAAGAGGUUUAGACCAACGUACUUCGUCCGUUGCCAGCUUACCGCUACUAAACGACACACCCUCAGAUCAUGUCGUAGCAGACGACAGUUACGUAGAACCUGCUGCACAACCAGCCAGCUGGCGACCACGCAGGGCUCCAACGAAUCCAUGGUCUCUGCAGGUGUACAGCCGCGAUUUACACAAGACGCUUAGCCAAAUCCAUUCGGGGGAAGAAACUGUAAAGAAGUUCAUUUUGCUGGAAGAUCUCACAGAUGAUGUAAAAUAUCCUUGUGUAUUGGACCUGAAAAUGGGCACCAGGCAACACGGAGUUCAUGCGACGCCAGCCAAAAUGGCUAGCCAAAGCCUCAAAUGUAUGCGAUCAACAAGUAAGACACUCGGUGUGCGAGUUUGUGGAAUGCAGAUUUACAAAACAGACCAGCGUCGUUUUGUAUUUCGCGACAAAUACUAUGGCCGACAACUGGAUGCCAACGGUUUUCGACGGACAUUAAUGGAAUACCUUGACAACGGCGAAGGUUGCCAAAUUCAACAUAUACCCAUCAUUAUACGCAAAUUGAAACGACUUGCAAGGAUUAUUGGGUCAAUGCCUGGAUACCGAUUUUAUGCAUCUUCUCUCCUAGUGAUUUAUGAUGCUGGCAACUGGAAUCGCAAAAUUGAUGUUCGCAUUAUCGAUUUCGCUCACUGCGUGACUCAGCAGGAACUCAAGACAUCGUUUCAAGAUUUCACCUAUCCUCCAAAUGAUGAUGGCCCUGAUGGUGGUUAUCUUCUCGGCCUCAAGACGCUUACAGAUUGCUUUCAUUGGAUAUAUCAACAAGAAAGUGGUUCGGUUUUACGCGAUGACGUUUGAUGAUCAAAAUAAACAAAUUUUUGU